AUGAAAUGCACACUCUGCAACCAGUUCCAGGGGACAUAUAAAAUCGUGACCUACGAAGAUAGCAAGAAGCGAGUGCGUGCCGGACUCACCGAAAAUCGCAACCACGUCGUCCCCAAAUUCACGUGGGAAGGGCUUCAAACCUCAGCGAAAUCAUGCUACUGUUGCAAAAUCAUUCAAACUGGAUGUCUUGGAUGUUUCAAUCAACACCAAAUCAAAGAAUCAGAGGUUGUCACUGCAAGUCUUCGAUUCUUCUACCCAACUUGUAUUGAGCUUGUUGAAGAGUCAGACUCGAGCAAAACUGUCAUCUUUCAAUUGAAAGAUGGAAAACGUUUUGAGGUGGAAAUCUUUGCAACAGAGAAUGAGGAUUGCCUCAUUCCAGAUUCUUGGGAUCAUAUUGCUGUUUCCAAAAGAACUUCACCAGCAACCGAUUCUUCCAUGGCCCUCGUAACAAUAAAAGGCUGGUUAGCUGAGUGUAUCACUUGCCACUCUGGUGGCUCUGAAGGCUACUGCGACUUUGAGGAACAGCCAGACCUCCCUACUCGUGUGAUCGAUGUCGGACUCAUUGAUGGAAUCGUUAAGUUGCGAGAAACAGAAGGUGCAAAAGGCAAAUACCUUUGUCUGAGCCAUUGUUGGGGUCUCGCUCAGAUCAUCACAACAACUAAAUCGACGAUUGACUACCGUAAGAAAGGAAUAACAUGGGAUGAGUUAUCAAGAACCUUCCGGGACGCCAUUUCGCUUACUAGAGCCCUCGGCUUCGAUUACAUCUGGAUAGAUUCUCUAUGUAUAAUUCAAGAUGAUGCGAGAGACUGGGAAAUUGAGUCAGCCAAGAUGGCGUCUGUGUACAGUUGUGGCUUUCUAACAAUUGCAGCAACUCAUUCUGCCAACGGCGCAGGUGGUAUGUUCUCGCCUACAGAAGACUGCGGGGUAUCUGGAAGGUCGCCCAACGGGGAGGAAUUUCGCCUUUACUUUAGAGAAAGAAUCGAUCAUCAUAUCGAAGCCACAUAUUCAAUGGAGAAUCUUUCGUCUAAUGGUUCCAAGUCUUUGGUUGACGGCACCCCUACUACCAUGUAUUCCCCACUGCUGACUAGGGCAUGGGUUUGCCAAGAACGCAUGCUCUCAACUCGCACUCUUCACUUCAGUCGCUAUGAGAUGUUUUCCGAAUGUAAAUCAAGCAUUCAGUGUGAAUGUGAUUGUAUCCGACUGCAAGACUCGAUUCCCGGGACUUCGGUUCCGCUGAUAAAGGUUGUUCUCAGAAACGCUGGAGAUGUACCGGAAUGGCCAAGAAGCAAUGAAAAAGGAAAUCGAAUACCAUGGAGCACGUUUGUGGCGUACAAUGGUCUGUUCUUACACAGCGCUCCUUCUUACCAAGUCAAAAGAUCGUUUGCCUGCCAUUAGUGGAUUGGCUAAAUAAUUGGCUUCUGGACGUAAAUCAAGAUGUCUAGCUGGACUCUGGGAACAGACACUACAGGACGACCUGCUUUGGAUAAUCCGUACUACAUGUAGGAACAAAAAGCCGAGACCGUUUCCACCUAACGCGCCAUCAUGGUCAUGGGCGAGCGUUGAAACAUGGGUUUCUUACUGGGAUGAGAUUCUCUUCACCAACAUAGAGGAAGGCGACUUCGAAGACCAAUUACCUUGUGAAAACUUCUGCGAUAUUCAAAAGUGCGAGGUUAAAUUGUCAGGAGUUGAUGAGUUUGGAUCUAUCUCUCAGGGGCUGCUUACAAUAUCCGGACAAGUAAGGAAUGGUAUUCUCGAACGGGAGAUUGAGUUUCAUAAUGGCGCGGAAAACAUCGUACAUUGCUUCUCGUUUUCAAAUACUAGAUUACCAUUGAAAUCGGACUACCUGCUAGAUGCCGAAGGCCCGGGCAAAACUCUGCCUAAGACGCCGAUGUUUUGUUUGCGAAUGAGUCUGAUUCAAGAAGGCAGAAAGGAAAUACUAGUUUCACUUGUUCUGAAAAGGUCGCCCGACUUUCCUGAGUAUUAUGAACGUAUUGGGGCACUGAUAAUAUCUGGGGAGGUCGGAUCUGUGGACCCAAAAGGGGACUUGUUUAGAAUGUCUGAGUUGAAGACUCUUAUUAUAGUCUGA